UAGAAAGGCCGAUAUGAAUUGUUUUAAAAACGAUUAUUAAGGAAGCAAAAUGAUUUUAACGAAAACAGAAGGCUCUCGAAGUCAUUUGAGCGAACCGUUUUACUCCAAAGUAAUAUCGGAAAACGAGCAAAUACUUUGCAUAGAAUUCUCCCAGUUCGAGUGGUCUCAAGAUGUAAUUCUAAUAGGUUUUAAGAGUAAAAUCGUGCUGGCUCAUCUUGAAAUAGAUCCGUUUGAUGUUAAAAUUAUAACAGAAUUCGCACAUCCGGUUAGAUGCACUACGUUAAGUAUUUCUCCGGAUACUUCCUUAGCACUUUCACCGAGGGAAGUCUUAUUUUGUGCCGGUGGAGCAGAUUUUAAGCUGAGGAUAUUCAAAAGCGAUUUAGGAGAAACUAAUUUGUGCAAAGUCUUAAGCGGUCACAACAGUUACAUAAACGACUGCUCGUUCGACACCGAAAACCAGUAUUUAGCAUCAACGGGCGACGACAACACACUUAGAAUUUGGUAUAAGGAGACUUUUGAAUUGAAAUGCACGAUGCCUUUGAUGUCCCCAGGUAUGAACGUCUACUGGCACAGAGCUGAUAGCGGUAAGCUUCUUGUAGCCGAAAAAAUGGGUAUAAUUCGACUCUGUAACGUAGAAAAGGAAAUAUGUUUCCAAUCAAUCAACUUCUGCAAACCUCUAUCUAGUUUCCAUUGGUCUCCGUCCGAUAUCUUCAUCGUUGCUUCGCUGCUCUUCGGAGAAUUGCAAAUAUGGGACUUAACCAACGUGUGUUUACCGUUACAAGUAAGUACGCUUUUCUCGAAGAACGGAGGCCAAAUCAAGUUCUCUCCACUAGGCGAGCUAGUAGCAGGUAUUAAUAACUUAGAUCAGAUGUUGAAGGUAUUUCAUGUUAAAAGCGAAAGUAUCAAACUAUCGGCCAGCGUUACGCUGCCUUCGAAUAUUUGCUGGCAUUACCGGUACCCUUUAGUUUGCAUCGGGGACGACAGCAAAUUAUGCUUUUGGAAAGUCACAGCAAACUGAUAUUUUACAAACUUUUUUUUUUAUUAAAUAAACG